AUGACAAAAGAUCGAUUGCCCGCUUUGCGGGCUGCACAAAAUACUGAAGAUAGCGAUCCAGAUGCCGCCUAUGUCGCGCUUAAUAUGGAUGAUAAUAGUCGUUUUAUGUCCGAUUUUUUUGCUCAUGUUGAUUCAUUACGAACAAAUAUCGAUAAAAUAAGUGAACUUGUCGAUGAAGUUAAACGUCUUCAUUCAACAAUCUUAGCAGCACCACAAGCUGAUGAUCGAACAAAAGAAGAAUUAGAAGAAAAAAUGGCUGAUAUUAAAAAAUUAGCUAAUGAUGUUCGACUAAGAUUAAAAAAAAUGGAAGAUGAUCAAGAACAAACAUCAAGUACCAGUCAAGCACAAACACGAAUUGGAAAAGCACAGGUAGUAAAUAAAAAUGAUAUAUUGACGACACAAUACGACGAUCAUGCAACAUUAUCACGUAAAUUUAUUGAUGUAAUGAAUUCAUAUCGAAAUGCUGAAAUUGAAUAUCGAGAACGAUGUAAAGCUCGUAUUCAACGUCAACUUGAAAUCAGUGAGAAAUAA